AUGAUUCCUUCAGUAGAAGAAACCCUGGCUGAGUCCAGGAACUUCUUCCUCCCACGAGCCCCCACUAAUGCCAAUGCCGACGCAAACCUAAUUCAUAGGACAAAGCUCUUACAAGAUGCGUAUGCACUACGACAACUUGCACAGUCACGCGACAUAGAUGAAUUCCUUAACAACCCCUCACCCAUUGACGAGGCCACCAUUGAUUUCGCGGAUGAUCUUACCAGUGCGCUUGGCGAUGCGCUACGAGCUACACCACUGGUGACUGAUACCGAUACGCCCAAGCGACCAAGCCGUCGACCAAAGCGCCUAUCACGCCAGAGCACCACAAACUCUGCAUCCUCAGUGGGAGGAAGUUCGACGAGGAGAAAGUCGAAGCGAUGCUAUCUCUGCGGUGUGGCUGAUUCACCACGAUGGCAGGAGUCUGGCUUUGGAAGUCGAGUGUUCUGUAAUGUUUGCGGACUGUUGCACUCCAAGAGGGUUGUGCGAAAGCAUUUGCUCCAGUCUAGCCGGGGCGAUACAGCAUCUACUACUGACAGUGCCUGGUCUUGA